AUGGCGAGUGCGGCUGUUGUUCCGACGGGAGGCGCGCAGGAGGAGGCAGGUUUAGGGAAAGCAGCGGAGACAACACCCGCUGUUCCAGUGCAAGCAACGGCGAUUCAUGACACGCACAAGAUCCACGUGGCAUCACCGGACGACGCGGCGCAUCGCCCGGCGGUGCCCGUGCGGUCGCACGACAUGCUCGCGCCGUUCACCGCGGCGCACCAGUUCACCGACGCGCACCCGCUCGUUAUAGUCAAGUCCGAGGGCGUGUACAUCUGGGACAGCGACGGGCGGCGGUAUUUGGACGGACUCGCGGGGCUGUGGAGCACGGCGCUGGGCGGCAACGAGCAGCGGCUGAUCGACGCGGCGGACGCGCAGAUGAAGAAGCUUCCGUUCUACCACUCGUUCUGGAAUCGCGCCACGGAGCCCGCCAUGGAACUCGCUAAGGAGCUGACGGGCAUGUUCACGGCGGAGCGCAUGGGGCAGGUGUUCUUCACCAACAGCGGCUCUGAUGCCAACGACACGCAGGUGAAGCUGGUGUGGUACUACAACAACGCGCUGGGGCGGCCGAACAAGAAGAAGUUCAUUGCGCGCGACAAGGCGUACCACGGCUCCACUCUCGUCUCCGCCAGCCUCACGGGGCUCUCCCCGCUGCACAAGAGCUUCGACCUGCCAGUGGACUUUGUACUCCAUACAGAAUGCCCGCAUUACUGGCGCUACGGCCGCCCAGGCGAGAGCGAGCAGGAGUACAGCACGCGCCUCGCAGAGAGCCUAGAAGCGCUCAUAGAGCGCGAGGGCGCUGAUACCAUCGCAGCCUUUAUCGCCGAGCCGGUCAUGGGCGCCGGGGGCGUCAUCCCGCCUCCGGCAGGCUACUUCGAGAAAGUCCAGGCGAUUCUGCGCAAGCACGACAUCCUCUUUAUAGUGGACGAGGUGGUGUGCGGCUUCGGCCGCCUUGGAACCAUGUUUGGCAGCGACCUUUACAACUUACAGCCGGACCUCGUGACGCUCGCCAAGGCCCUUUCCUCUGCGUACAUGCCGAUCGGAGCGGUGAUGAUCAGCCAUAGGAUCGCGCACGAGGUGGCGGCGCAUAGCAACAAGAUGGGGAGCUUUGCGCACGGGUUCACGUACUCGGGGCACCCGGUGGCGUGUGCUGUGGCGCUGGAGGCGGUGAGGAUGUAUCAGGAGAUGGACGUGGCUGCUGUUGUGCAGGCUGCUGAGCCGCUGUUCCAGGGAGGCAUACGGCACAUCUGCCGCAACAGCCCCAUAGUGGGGGAGGUGCGGGGGCAGGGCCUCAUACUCGCUAUAGAGCUCGCAGAUCCCGCCACCAAGGAGCCGUUCCCGUCCGCGUGGGCCGUGGGGCCCUUCUUUGGGCAGUGUGCGGCGGCGCAUGGGCUCAUCGUGCGCACCAUUGGAGAUGUCAUUGCUAUGUCGCCUGCUCUCAUCAUUUCUCCCGGGGAGAUUCAGGAGCUCUUGUCUGUCAUCCGCCUGGCACUCAAGGAGACAGAGGCCUACGUGCAAUCCAAACUGGACAUGGACUGA